AUGACAACACUGUAUUUAAAUGACAGUCCAGUUAAGGCUUCAUUGGAAGAGACACAUGGCAGAAAUGUUAAAAGACAUUUUAAAUUUUUGCUUACGAAAAACAAACGUUUACUGAAAUGUAACUACUUUUUUAUUACAGAUAAAACAAUGACGAAUGAGUCAAACAUUGUGGUGUUCUCUCUCUCUGGAUUAGAGGGAACAUUGGAAAACAGAUAUGUAUUCUUUUUCUUGGUAGCACUGGUUUAUUAUUUGAUCUUGUUUUGCAACACCACCGUCAUUGUUUGCAUUGUCUUAGAUAAGCAGCUUCAUGAACCUAUGUACAUAUUUUUGUGUAAUUUGUGUAUAAAUGCUCUGUAUGGCACUUCAGGAUUCUACCCUAAAUUCCUGAAUGACUUACUGUCUCCAGUGCAUGUGGUUUCUUAUGCAGGAUGUCUGAUACAAAUAUUUGUUAUUUACUCAUCUGCUUUAUGUGAUUAUUCGACUUUAACAGUAAUGGCGUAUGACAGGUAUAUAGCAAUAUGCAGACCGCUCGAAUAUCACUCUGAAAUGACGAACCAGAAAUUAGUCAAAUGCAUCAUUUUUUGUUGGAUCGCACCAAUGACUUGCAUGGGUGUUAUGGUUAUAAUGUCAUCAGGAUUAACCUUAUGUGGCUCAAAUAUUGAAAAGCUCUAUUGUGAAAAUUGGGCAGUUGUUAAACUAGCCUGUUCUUCUACAACAGUGAUUAAUGUAAUUGGAUAUAUUGUAAUAAUAAUAUAUUUUGGACAUGCAGUAUUGAUUGUUUGCUCUUAUUUCCAUUUGAUUGAUGAAUGCAGAAAGUCAAAAGAAGGGAAAAAGAAAUUCAUUCAAACAUGUCUGCCACAUCUCAUGUCACUGGUAAAUGUCACUACUGCAUUGUUAUUUGAUGUUCUUUAUAGUCGAUAUGGUUCAACUACUUUUCAUCAAGGAUUGAGGAAUUUUUUGGCAUUAGAUUUUCUAUUUGUGCCUCCCAUUUUAAAUCCUCUCAUUUAUGGAUUAAAACUGACCAAAAUACGAAGGCACCUCAUGAGAUUGUUCUUUAAACACAAAGUUCCUGUAGCUUAA